AUGCUGCCGACCAACAUACCAAACACCUCCCAGAUAAUUGGCGACCACGGUUCGCUCCCCAACGUCCAAAUACACUACGCUGUCCCUGCCGAUGAGAAACAAAUAGUCGCGUCCUUACGUACUCUCCAACGGGAUCUCAACGAAGCCGUGCAGACCAUCAACUCUCUUACUAGGGAACGCGAUGAGGCUUUGAUGGAGCUCAGGUUGCUUCGAGCCGGGUCGAAGAAACAAGCGACACCUGCCAAGAAGAACAGAGCGUCGAUACGCGUUGAAGAGGAAUUGUUUGACAUCAGCCGUUCAAUGGAGUCACCUAAACAAUCCCCCGCGAGGCGGGAUGCUGUUGAAGCUAAAGAAGCUGCUAAGACUGCCAAUUCCGACGAUGCGCGAGUUCUGUCGCCAAUCCCUAUCAACCAAGCAACCUCGCCUACAUUCGACAAGCGAACAGCAAGUAAGCCCGGUGUGCAUGUCAACAGCAAGUCCCAUGCCUACAGGAGGCCCGCUGUUAAUGACACCGAGAACAGCAUGAUCGAAGAUCCGACAGCUGCCUCCAAUACUUCUCGACGUCGUCGCCACCUAGCGAUGGACGAGAAUAUGACCUCCGCGUACAUUCUACCUGACAUCACUGUCAACCAGCCCCAGAAAUCGACCAGAGCCCAAGUGUCACCGGAGGUCCAAAAUGUCCUGCAUAGACAUGGCCCUGAUCAUGCUGGAAACUGCGCCGUUUGCCAGAGGCUUACGGUGAAGAGAACCAAACACGUUAUGCACGAGAUUCCCGGCGCUGAAAGACCCGAUUUCACUGCACAGAUAACCCAGCUCAUGAAGGAUGCCAUGCUGGAAGAACCAACCAUGCGACCCAAGAUUUCCCCUUGGUUGGCGCUUGCUAAUGUCAAGAAGCUGCUGACGGAUCAGUUUGAAGAGGCCAAACGGAAGCAUAGUCAGGCAUGGGAGAAGUAUGAUGCGAUCCAAGCACCGCUAAGUAGCAAGAAACAUGCGGCAGCAAGCCAGGAUCUGUUCUACUGGUCCAAGAAGAUGGAGGAGUGCAGAGUCAACCUCGAUCAACUAAGAGACGUUGAGGAGGGUAUGAAAGACCAAGAUGAGCUCUGA